AUGUUUACUGCAGACGCUGGGAAUGAUGUGGGCAACAAGGGACACAGAUCCUGCUUCAUUACUCUCUUCGUCUUCCAGCAUUCAAGGUCAACUCUUGUCAAAAGUCUGGGGCAAGAGGUAUUAUCUGUGGCCAGUGGACAGAAGAAAGCCAUCGGUCAACCUCAUGGGGCAGAGCUGAGCUCAGAGGCCAGGAGGCCUCUGGAGAAGGAGGAAAGCAGCCUGAUGAACAAAGCCUCCAGCUAUGAGAAGGAGCUGCAGUUGCUUCGGCAGGAGAACCGGAAGAGCAUGCUGCUGUCUGUGGCCAUCUCUCUCCUUCUGACCCUCAUCUACGCCUACUGGACCCUGUGA